UUCAGUGUGUCUGAGAGCGCUGUCGUCCCAACCGCCGGAAGUCUGCAUGAAGCUGCGUCUCCUACAGAGGCUACGGCGUCGACGUUUUUUUUUUCUGUCUUGGGGUUUUUUUUUUUUAUUCGAGACUUUUUUUUUCUCUUUUUUUAUUUUCUCUCAGCGAGAUGAGCAGGGAGCGAGGAAUGGAGGCGUAGGGAGCCAGGAUGUUUGUGUGUUUACUCAGCGACAAGCUAGUUAAGCUGUAUGAAUGUUCACACGGGCCUCCUUGUAGCUAAUGCAAGCCAGCGAACAAAAGGGAGAAAAUUAAUGGAGAAAACAUGUUGCCUAUGUGUCAGUGGGAGGUGAUGAGGAAGCAGAAGAUCAGAGAAAUAAUGGACGAUUCCCAUUUCAACUCGUCAUACUUUUGGUCUCCCGUCCCCACUGUACAAGGACAGAUCGAGAACGCCAUGUUCCUGAACAAGGCAAAGGAGCAGCUGGGUCCAGAGAAGGCCAAUGCGCCCUCCUUCCCUCACUCCUCUGCGUCUUCCACCUCCUCCCCCCACUACCCCACGGCCGUGCUCGCCAUCCCCGGGUCAAUGGACGCAGGGGCCGGCUUGCGGGUUGUGCCCAAACAGGAAGGAGGUGGUGGGAGUGCAGGAGGAGGUGGUGGUGGCAGCGCACCUUUAAGUGUGGUCGGGGGACACCUGCACCAGUCGCACACCUCCCAGAACAUCACCGUUGUGCCUGUUCCCUCUACGGGUAUCAUGACUGCAGCGGGUUUAGUGAUCACCACCCCUCAAGGCACACUGGUCCCCAAUGCCUCCACGCAGUCAUUUGUAGCUGGACCCCACACUGCCACCACCAUGAUAGUGUCUGCAUUGCACCCCUCAAAUACAGACAAGAAGGAGGACAUUGCUGUCCCCCCUGCAGUUGUCAUGCCGACGCCGUCAAAGCGAGGCAGGAAGAGCAAACAGAUGAUGGGAAGAGUGGCCGCUGGAGUGGGUGGGGUCCUCCCUCCAGGAAGCGAUGCAUUAAUAUUGGCGCACCUCGCUGCUAGUGGACAGCACCACACUGCUGACCCAUAUGACCUGUCAAAUGAUGAGGAUGAUCAUACCAACAAAGACGGCCCCAAGUCCUACAGGUGUCGGAUGUGUGCAGUGACUUUCUUCAGCAAGUCAGACAUGCAGAUCCACGCCAAAUCCCACACCGAGGCCAAGCCCCACAAGUGCCCCCACUGCUCCAAGUCGUUUGCCAACUCCAGCUACCUGUCCCAGCACAUCCGCAUUCACAGCGGGGCCAAGCCCUACACCUGCACCUACUGCCAGAAAACAUUCAGGCAGCUCAGUCACCUACAGCAGCACACACGAAACCACACUGAGGCCAAGCCCCACAAGUGCCCCCACUGCUCCAAGUCGUUUGCCAACUCCAGCUACCUGUCCCAGCACAUCCGCAUCCACACCGGGGCCAAGCCCUACUCCUGCUCCUACUGCCAGAAAACAUUCAGGCAGCUCAGUCACCUACAGCAGCACACACGGAUUCACACCGGUGACCGACCGUACAAAUGUAACCACCCAGGCUGUGAAAAGUCUUUCACUCAGUUGUCCAACCUACAGUCUCACCGUCGGCAGCACAACAAAGACAAGCCGUACAAGUGCCACAACUGUAACCGAGGUUACACAGAUGCUGCGAGCCUGGAGGUGCACCUUUCCACACACACCGUCAAACAUGCCAAGCUGUUCUCCUGUGGCCUCUGUAACCGAUCCUAUACCUCGGAGACUUAUUUAAUGAAACACAUGAGGAAGCACAACCCCGACCCGCUAACAGUGGCAGCAACAGUAGCUGCUCAGCAGGCCCAGGGCCUAACGCCAGGCGGAGGAGGUGGCAGGGGCCGAGGGCGUGGCCGAGGGAGAGGAGGAGGGAGCAGAGCGGGCCAGCUCCAAAGCCAGACCAAUCCUAACAACGCCAACCAGAACCCUAACAACCCUGGACCCCCAGGCAGCUACCAGUCGCACCAGCAGCCCACAGAAGCUGUGGUUCAAUGUCCAUUUGACAUGCAUCAGUACAAGACAGUGUCAGCCAGUGAGAUCCAGUACAAACCAGUCACUGUGGCGGACCUGCCAGUGGCCCACAAAGACCUCUGCCUCACCGUAUCUACAUCAGCCAUACAGGUGGAGCACAUGAACUCAUAGGCUGCGUCUUCCCACCCUGUUCAAGGAAUUACUAAUUGUGUCUGCAGUGUAAAAAGGUCCACAUGAACGAGUAUUUUUUUUAAUUCAGUAUUAUAUUCUUCUUAAGCAAGAAAAAAAUGGCUAGUAGGUGGGAAAAGGUAUCAUCUGGUUUGCUGAUGUAACAAGACACUCUGAGUGACAUUAUUUUGAAAGGGGAUGAUUGGGUAAUGUUUAAAGAUACAUCUAAAAUGUUAUUCACCCAAUGCCAGUUUUUUCCUUCAUUUUAAGAAGAUUUAAUUCUGAGUACAGCAUUAAAUUACUUGGUAGAACACAGAUAUUUUACAAUGAGCAAGUAUCUCUCAGUAGAAAUGCUGGUCUAGGACACAAAUAUAAGCGGUUCAUUCUUUCAUACAGUUUACCAAAAUCUAAUCUGAGAUCAAGUUUUGGCUUUUAUAUCAUAAAUGAUAUUGGGAUUAAAUCCAGUCUUUUUUAUUCUAAUUUCAAACUUUGAGUCAUUGGACCAGUCAUCAACUUACUUGCUCUGUAAAACUCACUGAUCCUAAACCAGCAGUCCUCUGAGAAACUUGACAAAAGAGGCCCUAUUCUUUUUUUAUUGCAUUGUUCGCAAUCGGCAUCAUCGGAGGAUGAAGGUGUAAAUUAUCUGUAAAAUAAUAAAUUACACUCUUCUCUGCACGUUUAUGGUCCAGAGAAUGAUGUAAUUUUAUGAGCACAUUCAGAUCACAUUAAUCUGAACAUUCUCCAUUAUUUAGUUCAAGCCAAAUCAAGAGGGAGAAACAAGACAAGGAAUCAGUGAUGAAAGACUGCAGGGCUUCAUAACAGCAGCUGAUACUGCUCUGAAAAAUGAGGAAGGACUAAGUAAAUAAGUUUUAAUGGCAUGUCAGCGUGCCGCGGACAAGAGAGGCUGAAUCAAAAAGGCUGCAAUGGAGCCUGAGAAAAAGACCACAAAAGAAGAGGGGCAGCAGAAAGAAAAGGAUGCGGUAUGAUGAGAUGAGGCUAGAACCUGGGAAUCUCACAAUGCUCAUUUGAAACACAAACAUGAUGUCCGUAUUUACAUCCACCUUCCCUCAGACAGCAAGGAGUCAAGGAACUAUUUCCUUGUCGAAGCCCAAAGUAUUGAACAAAAGAGACGGGCCGGUUCAAGAAUGCACUAAAUAUGAGGAAUCUGCAGCAGAGCGAGACGGAAACACGAAAGAGAAAAGAUGUCGGAAGGGGUGGGAGGAGUCAUAGAGAAAGCACUUGAUGAAGCUUGUACUUCAUGUCUAUGUUUGUCAUCAUUGUACUUUUUUUUUUUUUUAAUAUAUAUCGUGUAUGUAUUUUUCUACCAACAGAGGAACGUGUGAACAAACUGAGAGAGAAAGCAAAGUGAGUGCAUGAAUGUGAAAGGAACAGAGAGAAAAGUCCUUACAAAAUGUUUUGCCCCCCUUUUUUUUUGUUACUAUUCAAAGAAAGACAGUUUAUUAUCCCCCAAGGAGUAAAGACAGCCCAUCUCGUCAUUGUCAGGGCAGUUGUUAGGGAAAUAAUGAUUGUGUGACAAAUGGCUGACCGGUACUGUUAUCAAUCUUUUUUUUAAAGAACUUUUCAUACAUAUUAUUACUACUUUCAUUAUAACUGUAUUGCAAAUGUUAUCCACAUUAUCAAUCUGAGGCAUUAUUUUAUUGCAGUAUGCUGUACAUAAAAUAGAUAGAAAAUACUUUUUCAUCUGUAAAAGGGAAGUAUGUCCUGUGUAAAGCAUAUAUGGAAACUAAAGGAACUCAAAUUAACAAGUACCAAAUCACUGGCCGUGCCCCAGGUCACCUCUAAUGCUGAUGGAUCAUAACCUUAAUGCUCAGCAGAGUUGGUAAAGGAAUGAUAAAAUCCACGCCUAAGAUGUUUGGGAAUUGCCCAAAAAGUUGGUUAAACUAUGGGAAAUAUUUUUUUCUCUCUUUAUGUAAUGAAGUAGGAUGCAGUAUUUCUUGCAGUUUGAACCACACUUGCCGAUUACACUCAAUGAUAUUCAUUGUAAUUAUGAUCUAACCUGAAACAGUUUGAUCAAGUAAACUGUGUUUUAUUUGUUGGAUUAAUUAACAGAGGUUGUUAUUAGGCUUAUUAGACAAGAUUGUUGUGGCUGCAACCUAAAAAAAAUUUUUUUUAACAUUGGUCCCAUAUGAAUUCCUUCAUGAACAUUUUUAAAAGUGAUCUGAGAGUAUAUCUAAAAAAUUAAACAUUAAACAUGGCUGUGAUGUAGGUGACCUGGGACGCAGGUGCUAUGUUUUUUUGUGCACAAGCUAUCUCUACCCAAUCAAAAUGUUCAAGCAGCCUGUAAAAAUGGCUGAUUGUCUUCAUGUAUACUCCUCCUCGUAUUUCAUUGUGUCUUUUUAUGAAAAAUAACACAUUCUCAAUAAUCUUGUUAAUAUUAUUACUGAUGCUCCUGAUAAUAAUACAGUUAUUAACUGCCCUCUUAUGCUACACUAUUGCAUACUGUAUGCACAGUUACACCUCUUGCUCAUCUGUUUCUUCCCUUAAGGAGAAUAAAGAUCAAAUGAGUUCAUAUGAAAA